CUACACAGUCAAUUAGCUAGCCUUGCAAAGCGAUUUGCCAUUCCCUUUCAAAGCACGCCACAAGUUAAGCAUUAUUUUCUACCCGACACGACCAACCCCGCCCGCACACUCCACAAUGAGGCGCCAGGCCCUGAAGCGCCUCGGGCGCCGCCAGCCGCCGCAGCAGCAGCUGCUGCUACUGCGCAGUUCCAACCCCCGCCACGGCGUGGCCCCUCAGCUCCCGGGUGCUACUGCCGCCGCCUUCGGUGCACUGGUGGUGGCGGCGCUGGUGCUGGGCGCGGCAGUAGCAGCCCCGCUGCCGGCCGCCGCCGCCACUGCUGCUGGUCCUGCUACUGCCGCCGCCGCUGCCGGCGGCCCGCAGUGCGCCAGCCCCUGCUUCACUGUUGCCGACUACUGGCCGUACAAGACCUGCCGCGCCGAGUGUGCCCCAGAGAUCUGCUCCCGUGGGUGGGGCGCGUGGCCCAGUCGGGAGCAGUGCUGUGCGGAGGGCGCCGCCUUCCCGGACGGCUGCAGCGUCAGGCCCAAGGAGUGCUGGGUGGUGGAGAGCGCCGCCACACGCACAUGCAUCCGCGACGACCGCAAGUGCCUGCAGGGCUACGGCGUCUACGCCUCCCAGGCUGCCUGCUGCGCCCCCGGCACCGCCUUCCCUGACGGCUGCGCGCCGCCGCCUCCGCCCUCGGCCCAGCCGUGCUGGGUGGUGGACACGUACUUUCCCGCGCGCCUGUGCCGCCAGAGCACCACCCUGUGCGCAGCCAAGGACUCGGGCGUCCAGUCGUGGCCCAGCAAGGACGCCUGCUGCGCCAAGGCCGGCGCCUUCAAGGAGGGGUGCAGCGCCGCCGCGCCGCCCACACCCUGCUACACCGUGGGCGAGCACUGGCCCAAGCGCACCUGCGAGCUCUCCACCGACAUCGCCGUCUGCAAUCGGGGCUGGGGCGUUUACGGCACGGCAGAGGUGUGCUGCUCCCCUGGCGUGGCCUUCCCGGAGGGCUGCAGCGCCCCCGCCGCCCCCGCCGGGCCCGCUGCUACUGCCACUCCUGCUGCUGCCGCCGCCGCCGCGCUGCAGCCCAAGGCGGCCGCCGCGGCGCCCGCGGCCCCGCUGACUGCUGCCACGGCGGCCCUGCCCAAGCGGGCAGGGGGCCCGGCAGUGACCCCUGUCGAGAAGUAAGAAGGCGUAUGUGUGUGUGAUGGAUGCAGGUACAUAUGUAGCUGGGCCUUCUCAAAGCGUGAGCGCCUAUCUGCAGUGCUAGCUGUGUACGCACCAAAAGCUGUGUAGAGGUGUUAGCGGCGUCAUGCUAGUAAUAACAUGUGGUAUGGAAGAUGGUAUGAUGUAUGAAGGUACAUGCUGGUGCUGCUGUUGUUGACGCGGAUUCAUCCAAAAUUCAGUUGCCUGUUGUUUGUUGAUAUGGUUAUUACGACGGUGACUACCGGUGGGCGCAGCUAGCUUGGUCCACUGGGUCCUCCAACUAACUA